AUGCCAGAGAAUUAUAGUCAAGAUGAACCUAUUACUCGUCGUUUACAUGGUAUUCUUAAAGAUUAUCCUGAUGGUUCCCAAAUUCUUCGUGAAAUUCUUCAAAAUUCGGACGAUGCUAAAAGUACCGAACAAAUUUUUAUUUUGGACCAUAAUACAUAUCCAUCUAAUAGAUUAAUAAAACCAAAUUCGGUUAACUAUGAGAGAGCCAAUCUGAGACUUGGUAGAUAUCAAGGUCCUGCACUUUUAGCAAAGAAUAAUACCAUUUUUGAAAAGAGAGAUUUUGAAUCUUUGAGAAAUUUGUCAAAUAGUAAAAAGAAAGAUCAAAUUGAUAAAAUUGGAGUGAUGGGACUCGGCUUUAAUUCUAUUUAUCAUAUUACUGAUUUCCCUUCUUUCAUUACUGGUGAUAAAUACGCUAACUUUGAUCCACAUAAAUGGCAUUUUCUUGGUGGUAUCAUAUACAAUUUCGUCGAUGAGAAGUUGUUCGAAGAGUCACCGGAUCAAUUAGCUCCUUUUAAAAUCCCGUGUGAUGAGACAUGUGAUAAUCCAUUUAAAAAACCAUUUAAAGGCACUGUAUUUCGUUAUCCUCUUCGUGAUUAUACUGAAUCGGAAAUUUCUAAUAAAAUAUACAAGCCUAAAGAAAUCUUAGAUAUGUUUCAUAAUUUU